UACUGUGAGCAUUAGUUGAAACUCUUUUUCUUGAUAAGGGUGUUCUUAUUGAGAUGGUUUUCGAAGGAGUAAAUGAGAUGACUCUGAAAGGCUUGGUAUCACUUGUGAGCAAUCUGAUUGGCCUAGCCGAAGGACAAAGGAAAAAGGAUGUCCCUUUACCUUCUUAUAUGAGCAAUUUGAAUGAAGAUUGUUGGUGUUGUGUGUGUUUAUCAAGGUUAAAGGCAAGAGAUGAAAUCCGUGUUCUUCCUUGCUCUCACAAAUUCCAUAAGAUUUGUGUAAAUAGAUGGCUUAAGGGUCACCACAAAACAUGCCCACUUUGCCGUUUCUCAUUGGGAUCAGCAGAGCAAAAGUCUCAUCGUCCUGAUAUCUUCACUGAAGAGAUGUUGAUAUGGUUUUCUUCUUUCCAUAUAGCUGGUAUGUGAUGCUUUCAAGUUUUCUUCAUGCAACCCUUUCCAAUCUCAUAUAAACCUUUCUUUCGAAUCACCCUGUCUUCCUUUUCUCACUUCCUUUUACUUUAUUGGGGUUCGAUUCUCUUCUAUAUGCCAAUACUUGAUAAUGAAUUACAUAAU